GUUUGUGUUUGGUUUUGGCGCUGCCCUUCUAACGAAGGAGAGGAGACAGCAGAGACCGGCUGAUGGCUGAUACGGAGGCAGUGGUGUUGGAGGCCCUGGGGCGCUUCGGGCUCCGGACCCUGAGGAGAGCAUGGGUGGACUCUGUCUGGGAGCUGGAAUUUACUGAGACGGAGCCUCUGGAUCCAAGGGUGGAGGCUGAAAUCUUAGAGAACGGAGUGGAGGUGUUUAACAACCUGUAUGACAGUCUGCUGACGUUUGCUUCUGCCGAUCAGGAGAACACACGGAGUGUCUGGGCUCUAUUUACAGAGAAUGACAUUUGUCGGAACUCCCUGGUGGCGGUGCUCUACCACUUUGUCCAUGUUGGAGAAAAUAAGAAAGCGGGAUAUAUGCAAAAGUGUCUGGGCCUGCAUGCAGCUGGCCUGUACUUCCUGCUUCUGGAGAUACCCGGCAGUGUCGCCAAUCAGGUGUUUCACCCCGUCUUGUUUGAUAAAUGUGUGAACACCCUGGAGAAGUGUUGGCCACAAGACUCUGACUCCAACCGCAAAAGGAAAAAGGACACGGUGAAAAGCUCUCAAGGAGACAAUCGUGGCGGCAGAAAACGUCCCAGGCCUGUGCGACGAGAGAUGGAAGAGCUGGAUGAUAUAUCUGAAGAGGAAGAAGAGGUCUAUUUUUCUACCCGAGAUCUCGUGAACCUCAGAGAUGCCAUCGUCCUUCUCUUGAAAAACUUUUUGCGUCUCCUGCCAAAGUUUUCCCUAAAGGACAAGCAGGAGAGCAUGGUGCACUGUAUGCAGAUCUUCAUAAGUCUCACUAGUUUUGAGACGGUGCCCCGGGAACUGUCCUUUUCAGAAUCCAUAAGUGCUAACCAUUUGAAAUACGUGCCGGAGUUGGCAUAUCAUGGGCUGUGGUUGCUGUGUCAACCCAGCCAUGGUGACGGCAACCAGACUCUUCGUCGGCUUUUCCAACGUCUGCUGAGUGUUAUUUUGAUGGUUAAAGGAGGGCCGGGCUCAAACCCUUCGUUACUUGUAAUCAAUGCUUCUGCAACCAGUGCACGGGACCAUGCUGUUCAAUUUGUCUGUUUUACUGUGGACAAGCUGAAAGAAAUGGCUCUUCCUGUUCUAUGGAUUUUGUUGCAACACAUUUGUGCCAAGUGUCCUGAUAAGUCAGAUUAUCGCCUAUCGGCAGCGCAAACUCUGGUGAAACUACAAGAUCAACUUCCCAACGCAGAAUACGCGUCAUUUGUAGACUGGCUAUGCAAAUACUCCGGGAAUUCAAAGAUCUCAUACCGAGUGUUCACUCUUGAUGCGGCAGUCGCUCUGCUGGCGUUGCCGGAGAGGGUCCCGGACUCUUCCUUCCCUCAAGAGGACCUGAAAUUUCUUCAGCACAAGUUCUUGCUCCAGUCCCUCAUUUUCGGCCGCUGUUCGGACAAGGCCCCUACUGUUCGCAGCAAAGCCCUUUCUUGCCUGGCACAGUUUCUAGAGAAGAACGGUGUUUCUGAAGGGGUUCAAGAAUUGCUUCAGGGCUCCUCUAGUCUCUCCCAUAAAACAAUCAGUGUCACACGGACGUCUGAACUCUCCGAAGCCAGUGCCCAGCAAGGAACUGAUGGUAGUUGUCGGCCAAGGUCUGGAACCAAUGAUCAGUGGAACCAUGAGAGUCUUGGGAAUGGUACAGAGGCAUCCACUCUUAUUCGAAGAAAAACAUGCUGUGUCAUGCGAACCAUUGAAGUAUCGGAGACUGGUGACCAGCUAGGAGCUGAUGGACAAGAGAUACUGGCAACUCUCAGGUUAAGAGCUGGUGAUGAGAAGACAAAUGUCAGGAAGUCUGCUCUCCAGGUCCUGGUUAGUAUACUGAAAUAUAAUUUGAUCCCGUGCACUCCUGAGGAGCUCACUACACUGCAGGACCGCUGCAGAGAUCCCGCUGUUUCUGUGCGGAAACAAGCCCUGACUUCUUUGACAGAACUUCUGCAGGCUCAACCGAAGAAUGUUCUGGUACAGAAGGCCUGGUUAACUGGAAUGGUGCCGGUGGUGCUGGACUCGGAGACCUCUGUACAGGAGAAGACACUGGAGUGUCUGGACCAGCUUAUUCUUCACAACAUUCGCCAUUACAAACAGUAUAGGGACAAUGACGAGAAACAGAAACUCACCUGGGAUCUGCUGCAGCUGCUCACUACAGAGUGCCAGGAUCUCGGUCGUUAUCUGACAAAAGCGUUUUACAUAUGGGCCAAGCAAGAUAAAUUUUCCUGCACUUUAAUCAACAACUUGAUCUCUCACACGGAUACGGAACACUCUGCCCCAGCCUGGAUGGUGCUUGCUAAAGUUGCCAUAUCUGCACCAAAGUUGGAUUAUACGAAGGUCCUGAACACUUGGGAGGACAUCAGCAGGCAAAAUUACGCAGGCUCCACCAGUACCACUGCCCAUAUUGUAUGUGUAAUCGGUCACAUUGCAAAACACCUGCCUGCAGACACAAGAACGCAGCUGAUUGACCAUAUUAAGUCGUGGUUGAAGGAAUUUAAAUCGCCACCAGAGAUAAUCAGCCCAGCAAUUGAGUCCUUGCAGAAACUCUGCUAUGCACAGUUUGAUUCUCCUGAAGCUGCCCAGGAGCUGCUGAAUGAAGUGUUUGGAGAUCUGGUUUCAGAUUGUAAAGAUCAUAUCUACUCUAUCGUGAUGACGGAUGCCCAGCAGUUUGAUCAUGAGUUGAUGGUCCGAUAUCUCUUCACCCUGGGAGAUGCCGCUCAGAUGUGUCCGGCCCGUGUGGAGAAACGGGUCUUGCUACUGGUUCAGUCCAUACUGGCCUCCAUGCCAGAACAGAAGGGUUCUACCGGCUCGGAGAAUGAAGAAGUCCCUCUUUCGCAGAGUCAGUCUCAGCCACAGUCGCAGAGUCAGUCUCAGCCACAGUCGCAGAGUCAGUCUCAGCCACAGUCGCAGAGUCAGUCUCAGCCACAGUCGCAGAGUCAGUCUCAGCCACAGUCGCAGAGUCAGUCUCAGCCACAGUCGCAGAGUCAGCCUCAGUCACAGACGUCCUCUCAACCUCUUUCCCAGUUCAGAAGCUCCAGAAUGCCACCAUUGGUCCGCGCUCAUGCUUUUAUCACUCUUGGUAAGCUUUGUCUCCAACAUGAGGACCUGGCUAAGAAAUGUAUCCCGGCUUUUGCCCGAGAACUGGAGGUCAGCAAUGAAGUGGCCAUCCGCAACAAUGUCAUUAUCGUUAUAUGCGACCUAUGCGUCCGAUACACCACCAUGGUGGACAGAUACAUCCCUAAUGUGUCUGUGUGUCUUAGAGACCGCGAACCAUUCAUUCGGAGGCAAACGCUCAUCAUGCUUACCAACCUACUGCAGGAGGAGUUUAUAAAGUGGAAGGGGUCACUUUUUUUCCACUUCAUCAGUGUAAUGGUGGAUCCAGACCCAGAUAUUGCCAAAUUUGGGGAGUUCUGUCUGGUCCAUCUUCUGCUGAAGAGAAAUCCUGUCAUGUUCUCGCAGCAUUUCAUUGAGUGUAUUUUCCAUUUUAAUUCUUAUGAAAAACACGAGAAGUACAACAAGUUUUCACAGACGGAGAGGGAACGGAAACUCUUUUCACUCAAGGGAAAUGAGAACCGAGAGAAAAGGAUGAAGAUCUACAUGUUUUUGCUUGAGCACUUUACUGACGAACAAAGAUUUAGCCUGACCAAUAAGAUCAGCCAGAAUGUUUUGGCUGGUUUUGUAGACGGUCUUUUACCGAUUGACAUGGAAGCAAAUGAUUUACUGUCAGACAUCUUUGCGAUCAUGAGCUGCAAGGAGAUAAAGUUGUCAGCUAUGCGGUCUAAACCUGGAGAAGAUGUUGGAGAUGACGACGAGAUGGCCAUGGCAAAUGCUGUGAUGCAGGUCGCACAGAAAAAGCUAAUCUCACAGGUUCAGAAGAGGAACUUCAUAGAAAACAUCAUCCCCAUUAUCUCUUCUCUGAAGGGGCUUCUGGAACAGCAGCGCAUUCCCGCUGUGAGGGACCUCAUGAACUGCCUGCGGGAAAUGAUGCAGGACUACCGUGACGAGGUUAAGGAUUUCUUUGCCAUUGACAAGCAGUUGGCUGCAGAGAUUGAAUAUGACAUGAAGAGGUAUGAGAAGCAGCUGGAUUGGGAGACUCAGAAUGAGCUGGUCAAUUCUGUGGCCACUGUUAUGAUCAUCGGCAGCCCACGGGUUUCUUCUCCUGCUGGAUCUCCCAAAACGCCAAAUGUUCACCGGUCUCCUCUCGCUGUCAUACAAGAGCCUCAAGGUACACCUACUACACCUAAAGGAUCACCCCGAAUCGCCAUUAUGGCUGGACAGAUACCCCGUCCCAGGCAGAUGUCUCUGAGCACUCAGGCUAUCCUGAACUCUGCCAAAAAACUAGCAGAAGGGUGUGCAAAGCCCAGGAGCAAGAGUAUAGGAGCUCAGCCUUCAAUCAGUGCAAACCGUAAGCUGGUUUCUUUCCGCACUUCAGACCAGCAAUCCAGUGUGAUCAUGGAGGGUAGAGCAAUCAGCACACCUGACAGAACAAUUCAUAAUGUCACAUUUGAAGCUGGCGUCAGUUAUAUAAGCGCAAAUCAAACCUUGUCCUCCAACAACUCCAUGGAUGCGUCUCGUGGGCAAGAGAAAGACAUCCUGUAUUUGAUGUCACCAGACAAGCCGGCACCACAACCCAGACAGUGGAAAGUAGAGUCUCCAGUGCAACGAAGGCAAAAUCGUAGUCUGUCUUCACCAAGAGGCUCAGUCCAAUCAAAGUAAAAGAUGGAAAUAUAUGGCAUAAGAGGCUUUAAUAAGCAGAAGCCAUGAUUUUCUUAAAUUGUCUCCCAUGUGUGCUUUUAAAGCUGAAUAUCUGGAAUUUUAGCUUUAAGCAUUGCGUCUCUCUGUACAUAACUCUGUAUAAUGCUGCUUCAAUGUAAAGAUUUAACCAUGCUUGGCAAUUUGACUUUGUAUAUGUGUGCCGACAUCCUUUUGUAAUCUGCCUGCGAUGCAAAAUAAAACGCUAAGUUAUCCAAUA